AUGGUGGUGGUGGUAGCAUUAGGAGAGAAUGGAAAGGGUCUGCGUGCUGGGGGUGAAACAGAAGGAGAAUUUGCCAGUGGAGCCGAGCGAGUGGCAACGAGGCGUCGUGUGCGUGUGUGGUACCUGUCAGCGCGUGAAAAGGCGAAGAGCGAGACGCGAUUCGUGGCGGGCGCUGGCGGCCAAGGCGGCGCUGGAAGGAUUGCGUUCCUGACUACUGGCACAGGGUGGGUGGGAUGUGGGAUGAGGUCGAGAUCGAGGUCGAGGUCGAGGUCGAGGUCGAGGCCGGCCGUGGCAGCCAUGACAGCCAGCUUCGCCCUCUUGAACUCAGCUCGACGAUGGUGGUGGAGAGGGCACGACUGGGGACAGGAUAGGGUGGACAGGGAUGGCGGUUUUGCAGUUGCACAUGGAAGUAGGAUCAGACGCGGUACAUUACAUAUGUACAUGUGUAUAUAUGUACUAUGCAUGAACGGAUUCAAUAUACACGUGUACUACCAUGCGUAUCGACGAGCUGCCAGUGCCAGUGCCAGUGCCAAUGCCGAUGCCAAUGCUCUUCGCACUCUACUACUCUUCCCCACACCGCCAUGGCAACACAUGUUUCCAGGGUCGCGAAAAAGGCCCAGCUGCAAAUCCCGUGCACAGACGGCGAUCACCAAGAUGCCCUGUCUGUGCGCGCUAGUCCGCUUGUGGACGUCACUUGACCCGCCCGCCCAAAGCGUGCACAUCCUUCAUGCCAAUCCCAACCUCACCCUCACGCCCCUCGUCAUCCACCACGCGCCCUCUGCCAAGCCGCUGCGGGUGAUGCGCCGCCAGUCCAAGGUUCACGCCUCCCACCAGCCCGGUGCACCGCCGGCCUGCCUGGUGCCGCCAAAAGCCCAACCGCCAGAGCAGCACACCGACACCACUCGCCCGCUCCAGCGUCGCCCACAGGCACACCCGCCUGUGGCCUCGUCGCCCGCCCUCCUAGACGACCUCGUCGCUCUGCUCUACUGCUGCUACUGCUACACCCACUGUUACUACACACUACUCUCGCUGGUCUACUACACUACUAUCCACAUCCCACUCUCCCCCUCCCCCCCCCAGCCAGCCAGCCCCGCCAACCACGCGCAACUGUGUGAAACAUGGUAG